UUCAAAAUCGAGGCAGCAGCUGACGGAGCUGUCAAAACAGCCGACAGGAGGAGAACGUGACUGGUGAGAAAAGAGACAAAGACGUACCGUAAAUGAAGCCAAAUAUAGCCUGCUGGGCUGGAGCCAUGAGGAUGAGUGAGUUUGACUCUUCAUCUGAAGAGGAGGAUUUUGGAGAGGAGCAGCUGACGCCCUUCCACAUCUCCUGGUUACCUCUGUCCAUAGUAGAGUGCUCGCAGUUUCUUGGGAUAUGCGCACUGCCAGGUUGCAAAUUCAAAGACAUCCGCAGGAGUCUGGAAAGAGAUGUCGAAGAGCUCCAGAACCAGGGGGUGCAGGAAGUGUUUGUUUUCUGCACCAGAGGAGAGCUGAACAAGUACCGGGUUCCCUCCCUGCUGGAGGUCUACCGGCAGCGAGGCUUCACAGUCCACCACACGCCCUUCCCAGACGGAGACACUCCCGAGCUGGAACAGUGCUGCCAGAUCCUGGAGGAGCUGCAGGUCGGCCUCGAGAACAACAGGACGACUGUGAUCCACUGUUACGGAGGCCUGGGACGCUCCGGAUUAAUCGCCGCCUGUCUGCUGCUUCAGCUCUCUCCGACGAUGACGGCGAACAAAGCCAUCGAAAUCCUCCGGGAGCACCGAGGAGGAGGAGCCAUACAGACCGUGAAGCAAUACAACUUCCUCCAUGAGUUUCGGGAAAAGUAUGCCGCCUACCAGCAGAGCAGAGAGCUUUCCACAGAGCGCUCGGUGUCACGGUGAUCACUUCUCAUCUCAUUAGUCAGCGUUUCUCUCCUGAUGGUGUGAUGUACAAUUCUAUUCUCUAAUGACUGCACUUUAACAGAAUACUUUAAUAUAUUGCUUUUUCUCAUAAUCAAAUUAAAGACUUGAAGAUAUGCUGGUGGGGUGUUUAUUAGCAUGUUUACAUUUAAAGAGGUUUUUGUCACGAGGGUUGAGGUGAACUGAGAAAAGGUCUCCUGCUGUAUUGAUACUUUGUCCAAUGAGCUGCAUUUUUUUGAGUCUUUUCUUAAAUCUGUACUAGCGCAAAUCAGUACUUUCCUGCUCCACGUUAUUUCUCAUAACAUUUGUUUUUAUUAGCCACUUCGCUAGCAUCGCUAAUAAAAGUGUUUUUGCCACUCAUGUAUUUUUUUUUAAAGGUUGAGUUAAAACAACGUUCCAGUCCAUUGUAAUAGAGUUGGAUAGUUUUAUUUAGAUUCAAAUAAACUCAAGUUGUGACAUGAUGGGAUCUAAUGCAUACAAAUCUUAUGUGACAAAUGACCAUAGCUUUCCCUGAUAAAUGUACACAUUUGAAAAUGGCAAUAAAUACUUAGUAUUUAUGAAAAUGUUCGUCUAAUGGCCUUUUGAUUCGGAGAAGUUAAAAAAAAAAAAAAAACAAAAAAAAAAAAACUUUCCAGAUUUGUUGACCGGAGAUGACGUGACGCUGCGUGGAGUGCUUUGAUAUCUUGGAAACAAAAAGUAAAAUUCAAAAACAUUGAAUAAAUAAACACUGGACUUCCUAAUGCUGUGGAAUAUUUGGUGGUGAGAUGAAGAAAAUGCACAAGUGACAGUGUUAAAAGAUUUCAAAAGGUACAUUCAACAGUAUGGCAUACUCGCAGUGUCCCACCAAAGUCCAGAAGGAGAAUAAGUACUGUUGCUUCCUAACACUCCAAUAUAUAUAUAUUAUUGUACUGUUGAGUCUACCUUCUAGUUUAUUGAAAGCUGCGAGGGCGGUUCUACAGAAACACAGGUCACAC